CAUUGCUGGAGAAAACUAUGGCGACGCAUUGCUAGUUUGGGAGGAGAGAAGAAAUGGUGCGACCCGCAAGAACAGCGUCGACAAGCCCCUCUUUGAUGCGCCGGCGGAGGCGGCGCCGAGGGCGAGGAAGGCGUAGACGCGGAAGGCACAGGAGAAGAUCGGCCUCCACGAACACUGGGACGCGAAGCGAUCAGGGCUAGGAAAACACACAAUCUCCUCGUCUCGCCACUCCAAAUCCAAUGCCGCUCCACCAACAACACGAAUCCAAUCCUCCCAUGAUGUUCUUCGCCAAAUCGAUGUAAAUAAAAAGUGCGAAUUCGAAAGCGAUGAUCCAGCACAAGAAGUUCUCCACUUCCAUUGUUCUUCUCUCCAAAGUCUAAGUUUCUGGAAGGAACUGCGGACAUCUCUCGAUCUAUCUCAUAGCGUGUGAGACUUCCUCGAACCAAAAAGCCAGUUUUUCUAAUCGGUGCCAACCUUUGAGAUUCUUUUCGCUCUCCAAUUCCGCGGGAGAGGAAACGAAAUGGUGGAAUUUGGAGCGAACUCUCGUUCUCUCGAGUGCAAAACAAUACAAAGGUUUCCUGGAAUUCCAAAAGCUUGGUCUUCGUUUAGGGUGGAAAUGGCGGCAGUGCGCAGAAUCUGUGCGACCGCUGGUAAGACGAGCGUGAGUGGUUUCUUGGGCACAUCAAAGAUCGCCACGAGCAACGAAUGGCGGCCUCUCACUUGCUGGAUUCCCGCGACGCGGACGAGCAGCAGCCAGUUUCGGACAAGUUUCCAGGGAAGCAAGCUCAAGAUCCCAGCCGAGUUGCAGCCCGCCGUGCGAGAAUGGAACCGGCUUGUGAAUCGCUUCUCGCAGCGCUGGAGAUACUCCAGCCUCGGCCGCUUGUCAGGGGGUGGAGGAUACGCUCGACCCGAUGUUGCAUUGUGGACUUUGAUCGGUGCCAACGUUUCGGUGUUCUUCCUGUGGAAGGUUUUCGACCCGGUUUUCAUGACCGAGCAUUUCACGAUCUCCAUGCACAACGUGUUGAGUGGCCGACUCCACACACUCGUCACAAACUUCUUCAGCCACAACGAGUUCUGGCACUUGGCAUCCAACUUACUCGGCCUAUACUUUUUUGGCACCGAGAUCGCUUAUAGAUUCGGCAGCAGAAGGCUCUACAUGAUCUACUUUGCGGGUGGCCUCGUUAGCUCCUUCGGACACUUGGCUUAUAGCUAUUACAUCUAUCCCUGGCUCAAGGGGCUUCGUCACAGCACCUUUGUGGCCCGAUUUGUCCCACCAGCGCUGGGCGCCAGUGGAGCCAUCAACGCGCUGGUGGUCCUCAACAUCAUGCUCAAUCCAACGCGCGUCAUCUUGGUCGAUUUCCUCUUCCCAGUCCCAGCUGCCCUGUUUGGAGCUUACAUGAUCCUCAAGGAUUUGUGGGGAGUUUCCGAUGUGGCAUCCACCGUAAGCCACGUAGGCCAUCUGGGCGGCGCGGUGGUCGGUGCCGUGGCGUGGGUGAGACUACGACGUCACUGGUAACUUCUAGUGGUUUCCACGUUUCUCUUCCACGCGCGCGCUUUUGACCGCGAAUGAUGGUUGACCUCCCGCCGACUGUUGACCGGUCAAGCCACGCGGGAUAUUCCUUUACAUCCCUUUUUCCGUGUAUAUGAGAGAGAGGGCUUUCUUGUGGCCUAAUUGGAAAAGGAAGAGACACAAUGGCGCUA